UUUACAGAACGUGCGAGAAAAGCGUCGCGUGUCCGUGUUUAGCUGAAGUGAGGAGUGAAGGUCGCUGGGUCGCCGCUGACCAGCAGCAUUUUAGAGGUCAGCAGAUUCCGAGGACAGCACAGCAUUGAACAUGAGGCCACUACCAGAGGUCAUUAACGUCAAAAAUGAAGCAGACAGACCAGCUGGAUUGAUCUCACACUCAAAAUCAUUACCACAGGCUGGAUCUCCUCUUUCAAAGAAGAAGGAGGAGGAGGAGAAGGAGAGUUGUUUCUCCGAUUGGGACGAGGCUAGCGAUGGAUGUCCGGUACAGCCAGGAGCCAGAGGCGGGGAUGGUUCUGAAGAACGGGCUGAAGGAGGGAGGGAAGGAGGGGAAGGAGCCCCAGGGGAACCUUUCCAAAACGCUGCUGAAGGAGCCACAGGAGUCCUUUGGCCCGUCCGGAGCUGUGGACAACCAUGAGAAAAGCAGGACGAGCUCAGGGGAUCCGGACUACUGCCGGAGGAUACUGGUUAGAGACGCUAAAGGCUCAAUCCGCGAGAUCAUCCUGCCGAAGGGUCUGGAUCUGGACCGGCCCAAGCGGACCCGGACAUCCUUCACGGCAGAGCAGCUCUACAGGCUGGAGAUGGAGUUCCAGCGCUGUCAGUAUGUUGUGGGCCGAGAGAGGACGGAGCUCGCGCGCCAGCUCAACCUGUCCGAAACGCAGGUGAAGGUGUGGUUCCAGAACCGUCGCACGAAGCAGAAGAAGGAUCAGGGGAAGGACUCUGAGCUUCGCUCCGUGGUGUCCGAGACCGCGGCCACCUGCAGCGUGCUGCGGCUGCUGGAGCAGGGCCGUCUCCUGACCCCUCCGGGGCUGCCAGGCCUGCUGCCCCACUGCGGCUCCGCCCUACGUGCGCCCGCCCUCGGCAUCACCGCCAACGGGGCGUCCUCCGGCGGAAGCGGCGGCGGAACGGGAAGCGCGUCCGGAUCGGGUUCGGCAGCCGGGAGCCCCCCAUUGCCAGCGGCUACCAGCUCGGCGACGGCGGUGACUGGGCUGCAGGGGUCGCCCCCCGCUCCCCACGGCCUGUUCAGCUUCCCUGUGCCGUCGCUGCUCGGCUCCGUGGCCUCCAGAAUCUCCUCCUCCGGGCCGCUGGCCAUGGCUGGCUCACUGGCCGGAAACCUGCAGGAACUGUCCGCGCGGUACCUCAGCUCGUCCGCGUUCGAGCCCUACUCGCGGACCAAUGGCAAAGACGCACUGGACAAGAAAGUUCUGGAAUGAUCUCUGUUUACUUUUUUGCUAAUUUUUUUUUUCCAAUUUCUCAAUUUUCUCGUUUUAAAAUGUUACUACUUCUUUUGCUCUUGAACUUUACUGUUGUUACUUGUUUUCGAUUUUGUUUUUUUUUUUAUUUAAAAAAUAUCUCUGUCUCCUUCGUGUCGUCCGUGCCGUGGUUGUCGGUCAGUCUCGUGCAUUUUAUUUUUUUAUUUCUGUUUUUUCUUUGAAAUUUCUCAGAAUGCACACGCGAAACAUGUCUCGGUACUGCCACAGCAGAAAGGCGAACUCGCGCUCGUCUCAUGGAAACGGGGGGAUUUUAAGAGCUUCUUGCACUAAUUCCUAAUUUCACCACCUGAGUCGAGAAGGAAGAAUGUCAAGCAAGAGGAAAAGACGGGGACCACUUUGUUUUUCUCCCCUCCAUAGGAUUCUGGACAUUUUCUGGACAUUUUUAGCCAACUCCCCCCAAAAAAUGUCAAGGAAAUGAUCCUGUGUGCUAGAAUGCCAAACAUGAUCCCACAGAGCUGCUGGGUAGCAAUGAAAACUGUCAGCGUGUCUCAUAGGAACGUUCUGGUUGGCUUGAAUCACCCAAUCUGUUCGAAGCUGCUAGCACAGAUAUAUGAAUGUUUCAGCUACAUCACUGAAGAAGGCCUGUAGGCCUUCAUUCUGCAGGCAUUUAUUCUGCACUGCUCCAACUCCUUUAACCCCUUAAACUCAGCGUCUGGGCAGUCGUGUGCAACGGUUUUGGCACCCCCGGUCAAAUUGCAUGCUUUUGUUGAUUUUAAUGUCACGUCCUCUGCAGAGAACACACGUUUUAAUGCGUAGUUACUGUUUAUUUGCUGAAUUUAACAUAUUAGGGUAAAAAUCUAAAGCAUAAAAUAUGGUGCAAAACAUAUGGCACUUUUUAUAUUGUAUGUUUUAUAUUUUUUCCAGUGUGUUAAGUUCAACAAAGAAAUUGUGCCCUAAAAAAACGUAUUUUCACUUUGAAAAUUAAACACACGUAAUUUGCCCAAGGUUGUCUUUCAAACUUUUGGACACGACUGCAUGGAGGUCCAAACUUAAAUUUCUCACUCUCACAACUACAGAGCAUGCCCAUUAGUUUCACAGUCGAUAGUGAAUAAUUUGUAGCCGAUACUGACCACCGUUUAAACGUUCUGGCCUUGUUAAAACUUAUUCGUUGAAAAUUACACUCUACAACUUCAUACUGUUCAGCUAUUUAGCUGAAAUGUGUCAGAAACAGAAGAAGUUGGAGUCUUGUUGAUUUUCUAGCUGUAAAUAAGUGAACACAUCCUCUACAGAGAACACACUUCUGCACAUUUUGACGCACAAUUACUGUUUAUUUACUGAAUUUAACAAAUUAAG